AAGUUCAGCUGAAGAGAGCUUUGAGGCGCGCCGUUAGUGUGAAUGACACGAGCUUUGCUGGAGAGCCGCUGGUUCGUGACGCACGGGUGACCAUUGAGCUACGCGAGGUGCUCAGUAUCAGUUCAGUUCAGCUCGGAAACACCGGAGAGCGAGAAGUACGCUAGUAAUGUUGGGCUCAGAGGACCACGGAGAGACUCGCAAACGAAAGGGCACCGGAAUGAAGCGUCCAUUGAGUCCUGUUGAAGACGGGUCGCUGACUGGAUCGACUGGGCAUGAGGGCGCGUCUUCUGACGGGGUGGAGUUUACGAGACAGGACGCCCCGCCUAUAAACUCUCGUCCGAAGCGGGAGCGCAAACACAGGUCGUACACACUCUGUGAAGUGUGCAACAUUCAGCUGAACUCCGCAGCACAAGCACAGAUACACUACAAUGGCAAAACACACCAGAAAAGACUCAAACACAUAAACAACAGCAGCACAGGUACGGCUGCUCAGGGGAGCCCCCUGCUGGCCUCAUUACCGGUGCAGGGUCGCCCGCUGCAGACCCCUCUGGACCUGAAACACUUCCUGCCCUUCCGUCUCAGUGGCUCCUCCCCCCUCAGCCUGUUCCCCAACUUCAACACUAUGGACCCCGUGCAGAAGGCUGUGAUAAACCAUACGUUUGGUGUUCCUCAGUCCCUGAAGAAAAAACAGGUCAUCUCAUGCAAUAUCUGCCACCUGCGCUUCAACUCCACGAAUCAGGCUGAGGCUCAUUAUAAAGGCCAUAAACAUGCUCGUAAGCUGAAGGCAUUAGAGGCUCAGAAGAACAAACAGCAGAGACGCCAACUCGACAACGCGCAUCACAACCGAGAUAGAGAGAAGGACCGAGAGAGGGACAGGGAGAGAGACAGCAGCAGAGUGAAAACGAGCGCUCCGGAUCCACUUCCUGCCCUGCUGGAUGACACCGUCAUGGAGGAAACUGCUGCCUGUGACUCAGAUCCUGUCGCGAGGGUGGAUGAUCCUCACUCUAGUUCGGUGGUCCUUACACCUAUAUCAGAGGUGUCGUCUGCGGACCUGUCUGUCUCCUCCCCUCACUUCCAGAACCCGGACGGUCUGCUGGAACCCACCGGUGCCACCAGCGAGACAGCCGCUCAGCAGGACAACCCUACAGGGGACACACCUGCAGAGAAGGACUCCAAAAAGACCAAACAACAUCUGCAUUGCCCCAUCUGCAAAGUCACAGUCAACUCCACCACUCAGAUGGAUGCACACAAUAGUGGCACCAAGCAUAAACUAAUGAUGGAAGGACAGAGUGUGUUGCCACGACGACGUGGGAAGGCAUUGUCAUCCCGCCCCUCAUGUAAAAGCAAGCGAUUGGCCAAUAAGGGGAGUGUGGGUGUGGCCAGCAAGAGCUUCUACUGUGAAGUUUGCGAGAUCCAUGUUAACUCUGAGACUCAGCUCAGCCAGCACAUGAACAGCCGAAGACAUAAGGAUAGACUGGCUGGGAAGCCCCCGAAGCCCAAGUUCAACCCUCACGCCAAGAGCCAGCCUACCUCAGCAGCAUCGCAGGGUGUCAGAUGGAACGGUUAUGCGGGUGGUGCAGUGUCUGCUAUGAAGAAAGUUAUCAACCAAUGCAAUCUCUCCUCUCUGUCCUCACAGACUAAACUGGUUCUCCAGAAGCAAUUGACAAAAAAUCUGACCGCCAGCUUUCUUCCCACCCACUUAACUCCGCCCACCCUCUGCACAGUCGCAGCCAAUCCUCUCGCGCUGCGACACCCGCCAGGCACUACUUUCAUUCAGACGCCGAUCCUCGGCCCUGCCCUCUUUAGGCCAGCGCCCGGACCUCUGCGAGCAACACACACUCCAAUUAUAUUUUCCCCUUAUUGAUCACCUCGAAACAAAACAAACACGCUCUUACAACAAGGGCGCACAUUCACGUGAUUUAGUCUUACGACCCGUUCUCAGUACUGACGGUCUCUGUGCAAACUUUGUCCGUGCUCCCGCUCUCUCCAAGCUGUAUACACUUAAGUAUAUAAACACAAACACACACUCCCAUAGUGUUCCCUAUCCUCCUCAAAAACUGUGACUCUGAGAGGGUCACUCUUGAACUAUGCAGCAAAGGGAGAGAGAGUGUGAGAGAGAGAGAGAGAGAGAGAGAGAGAGAGAGCAAGACCAUAUAUGGGAAUAUGGGAGGGGCCUCAUUGCUAACACCAGCCCACUAUGCAGAUGAACGCUUGAAUGACAGGACGAGACUGAUAAAGCAGUGAAAGAGCUAUAAGAAGGAUAUUUAGCUUUGCUUUAUGAGAUAUUUAUCAUUAUACAGAUAUUAAUCAGGUUUUUAUUCUAUAAUUUAUUAGAGGAAAGCCAAUUUUAGAGACCUAUAACUGCGCUAGCUGUUCGUUUAGUGAGGAAAUGCAAACAUCCCUUUACUUGAUUUUUUUUUUUUUUUUUAAGUAUUUUCAAUUGUUAUUAGUCUGUUUUCAUGUCGUUCCACAUUGUCGUCGGUCUGCGUAUUCACACGUUUAAAGUAACCUCAUCUGACCGGCUUUUGUUACAAACACAAACCUCAUUGGUCUGUCAGUUUACAGAUGCUAAGGCUUUCUGUCAUGGGUAAUCACAGAAUAACAGUGCCAGUCUAAUAUACGAAGGUGACAAUUUGGUAGCAAGGCAACACACACGCUCGCUCCCAAUCAGUGUCGUAAUUUUCUCAGUGUUGAUGCAUAGAUUAGAUGAUUUGAGAUUGCACAUGCACACACACACACACAACCUCGGAUGAGAUGAUUAUGGUUCAGUCACAGUUUGACGUGGCCUUUUAUGUCCGCAUAUUUUGCUCUCAGUAUUCUCUCAUUACGGCCUCACAAAGGUCAGCGUGCCUGUCAAAAAUCUGUCCGCGCCCCAUCUUGAUUAAGAUCUAAACCCUCAUCAUGUUAUUUGCUUUUGUGUGUGUGUGUGUUUGAUCCAAAACCUGUCAUGAGUUCAUUACUCUUGAUUUCACUCAGAAUAACAUUUUCGAUUCUGUAAGCAUCAUUGAUUUAUUUGCACAGAGGAGCCAUUGCCAAAACAUAAUGACUGUAAUGUUGAAAGGAAGGUGCAGGAGUAUUUUAAGAAUGAAUAGCAACGUAUUAAACUCACCCGCUAAAAAAAGUAUACAAGUGUUCCUGUCAGCCUGAACAAAGUCAAACCGCUUUGCCCAGAUCAGUGUCGUCUGAUGGUUUUGAAUGGACUGGGACUGACCAUCUGACUUCAGACCUGUAGAAUUAGAUAUUGCUGUUAAGUAUAUGUUGUAUCAUUUUUCAUCUGUCUGAUUUUUUUUUUAAACGUGCCCUAGCAUACAGAGCUUUUUGUAAAUAUUUUAUGAACACAGCUUUUAAAAGUGAAUCAUUAACAUUUAUAAUAUAUACAAUUAGAGUAAAUAUGUAGAAUUUUAUGAGAUGUUUAAUGUAGAUUCUUUAUCUGGUUAUUGUAAUUAAUGUGAUAAGAGCGAGCUCUACUUGAAGUUAUUACUUUGUCACCAUUUCUGCAGAGACAUGCGUACUGAAAUAAGGCGAUAACCUAAUGCGAACUAGAUAAGAUUAUGUAGUUUUAAUGUCAAAUUGUAAAUCAAAGUGCUUGAGAAAAAAAUAAAGCGAUGGGAUAUAAGAAAUAUUGCUAAAAACGGGCCGAGACUCGGACGCCCAGACUAGGCCUCAAAGCCUGGAGCCACGGGUGAGUCUCAAGCCCACUCAGGGCUCUUGCUUUUCAGAGGACGGUUUGCCCUUGAGGGGAUGAAGCCUGGGGCCUUGAACAGAGCUAACUAACAACAGCCAUAUUGACACUUCAAGAGGCACAACAUGGACAAAUUCUGCAUUUUUUUCCUGAGGACAUUUUAGAACAAGGACUUUGCUUGGACUCCAUGAAUCAAAUCUCUUGUGUGUGCGUGUGUGUUUUGAUAACUCCCGAACGUCUAACUAAGCUCCAUAAGGACAAAUAGCGAAUGAGAAAUAACAUCGGCCCAUCAGUGGAUACCUUCAUGCUUUCUUGAGGCACAAGAUGACUUAACCACACCGUUCCUAGUUGUGUCGUCCUCAUGAGGUCCAUACAGCAGAUAUUGGCUGGUUAUGAUACAUAUGACUGUGACGGUCUCUGGUAGGUGGAUGAUUUCACAUGUUGUUCGAAAGUAACGGUUCCUAAAUAUCUUUAAGGUUGUUUGUUGGGAUUUUAUGUUGCUUUUUUCAGUUCAGUGAAAUUCAAUCUUUAAGCAAUAAUGACAGAAACUGGAACCUUUUUAAGAAAACGGAAGAUUACUCUUGUUUCUCUCUCUCUCUAUCUUAAGUGUACAUGUUUCUUCCCUCAUUUUCUUAAUGUUGUGAGUGCUCUUAAUGAUGUAGUGUGCACAGUGUUCCUAUCGCCAAUCUGGAGGACAUUGGAAAGCUUAAUACGACAUUUCUCUCCCUUUAUUUUACACCGACGGAAUCUGUUUGUCACAGGACAGUCAUGGAAACAUCCGUUGCCAGCAGUGACAAGACAGUGGAUGGCAUUUCCCAUUUCUUCCAUGUUGGUUCAGGGCUAAUUUGACUAUUUGAAUCACACUCCCUUUUACUUCCUGCACUAGUUUGCCUGCCUUGUGCCAAAAUAUAUACUCAUUAAAACCUAAAUGCCAAAUUUAAUUUUUUUUUUAUCCAAUAGACUGCACAUACAACCUAUGAGAGUGAAACUCUCAUAUGAUCAGAAAGCACAAAAAAAAAAAAUCUGUUUCCCAUGAAUGUUUUUAAAAAUCAUGGAGCCUCAUGUGAAAAUGUGCAUGUGUGCGUGUAAACUUAAAAAUAUGUGAACUGUGUCCAAUCCAACUAGAUGUUUCUUAGGCAUGAACAAAGAUGAGAUGAUUUCAAUAUCGCUUACAAGGGACGUGGCCAGUAUUGCGUAAUUUAAAUAAUGACAGACAUUAUAUGUUGUUUGUUCUUUGUGCUCGGUACAUUUCUGUCUGUGACUGAUCUAACAUUGAUCUGAACUGUCAGCUGACACAAAGGAAAAAGUAUUUUCAUAGGAUUUUCGUCUUGGUUUUCUGACUCAUUUGCUCUUUCUCUGUACAGGGUGUGUAUGAAUGCGUGAAAACGAAAUAAAGCAGAGAGAGAGAGAGAGAAAUAAAUCGAUUAGACUUCCA